AUGAAGAGAUUUAAAGUGUUAGAGGUUCGAAAAACUACGUCUCAAGUAGAACGCCUAACGCUUGAUACUGACGAUGACGCGUCCUUUGUGACAUGGUUAAAGGUAUUAACGUCGAACGACCUCAUCUCUCGAGAACAUUUAACGCCGAGACACGGAUCUGUAUUGCAUAUCAGACUGCCAGAUCGGUCGGUAUUGCAUAUCAGCGGUAUUAAUGUUCAAAAGAAUGCCUCUAGUAACCGUUUAACGCCUAAGACCAGAUCUGCAUUGCAUAUCAGGCGCGUUGUGACGAUGGUUAAAGGUGUUAACAGACAAGGAAAAGAUGCUCUCAUUGCUUGGUGGGAAAUCCCUAAAGUGUAUCAAGAAAAAUUGUGGACUUCUUUUUACUCUUUGCUAACAGAAUCGCCGACGAAAGAAACUGGCGAACAAAGGACCCACAAAGUCAACCUCGAAAAUAAUGAAACCACAAAGGAAGGAUAUAAACUUAAACUGGGAGGCAAGAUAGCGCAAGGCAUAUACCUACAACUGGCGAAAAUCGGUGAACUCUUUCCAGUCGACUCACGAAGAACUAGAGGAAUUCACGCAAGGAGAUCAAGGCUUCGGAUCCACGGACCGACCAGUUAUUAUAAAGGAAAUCUGUUAGACACCACGAGUAUGCUAACUUUGCACGCGCAGACGUUCAAUAAUAAUAAUAGUGAACAACGAAAAUGUCGGACCUACAAAAAUAAUAGUGGAGAUACGGUAGUAUCUGAACAUGUGGUCAAAAUAAUUGAGUCAUUGACACAAUUAAGAGUCAAAGCCAGAGUAACGACGUACAUUCCAGCCGGUAAAGGGUUAAUUCUGCCGGAUUUUGUAAAUGCGUCUAAUAUUGAAUUUACUUCAGCAACUGCCGCCACUGGUGCUUCUGGAUCAUUUAACGCUAAUAAUAAUGAAGACAAUGAGCACAAACGUCUUCGUUUAAAUAUGAAAGGAUGGGCAGCAGAAGAUGAGAAAUUGGUAACAUUGGUAAAUCGUUUGGCUGUAGUUCUAUGA